GCGCUUUUAUCUUGUCCUAUCAGAUUCACAUUACGACAGCAGUGCAUCAUCAGCAUCAUCAUCAUCGACCUGGACUAUAAGAAGCACGAGAGUCGUCACAGAAGGCCCCAUCAGCUCCGAAUUCUCCAUCAGCUCCGAAUUCUCCUGUGGUUCAGGUUCCAUCCCAGUCUGCAGCCAUGAAGUUCUCUCUCGUCGCAGUACUUGUUGUGCUCGCCCUUGCACAAGGAAGUCUGGCCCAAGAUGCAUUAGACGUCGACAAAAUUACCCAGUACUUCAAUGAAUGGAAAGAAAAACUCUCUCAGCAGCUGUCAGCACCUGUCGAUGUACAGCAAUUUGCAGACAAUGCUCAGACCAUCAUGAACGAAAAAAAAGUCCAACUGGACAAAAUGGUUGCUGACAUGACGGAGCAGAUGAAAGCUAAACUCGCGGAGCUUGAAAAUCAGUUCAAACCUCAAGCUGAAAACGUGCAGGCCAAACUGCAAGCAAUGGCUGCAACCAUCCAAACCCAGAUGGAAGCCCUCAUCCAGAAAGUAACAGACCAAACCCAUGCAAUUACCAAUUAAAUACAUCACCAAAUGCGCCGCCACCAUCUUCUGUGUCUGAGGCAGUUCAUGCAGGUCCUUGCAUUUAAUGGGUGCUUUGAAAGGCAUGCAAAAUGUGAAACCACCACCUUGUUCUAAGCAUGCUCCAAGAUGUUUUGCAAUGCACAUUAACACCAAUAUCCUGUUUUGCUGUAUUGUCUGAACAACCAAUUAAAACUUGGGACAAG